CCUCUUCCUUCCUUCCCUCUCCACACACCCUCGCCAUUCUUUUCCUUACUGAGCCUGUGGCAAACGAUGGAUCUUGUUCACACCUGACAGAGCAUUUUUCUUGCUAUCUUUCAAAAUCUUUUGCUCGUGGUGAGGGCUAACAAUCCUGGUCUGCGUGCGCAAUCAUGACCACCUUCCCAGGCCCCGAGGAUAACGGCAUGAUACUCAUGGACACUACCUCGUGCUCAGCGGAUAAGGACCGAACAAAAGAGGAAACCACUCUCGAGAAGGGACCGGACAAAUCCGACCCGACCCAGAAACCACCGUACUCCUAUGUGGCGUUAAUCGCGAUGGCAAUCCGCGAGAGCUCGGAGAAGCGUCUCACGCUGUCCGGCAUCUAUCAGUACAUCAUCAGUAAGUUUCCUUUCUACGAGAAAAACAAAAAAGGAUGGCAGAACAGCAUCCGACACAACUUGUCACUCAACGAGUGCUUCAUCAAGGUGCCUCGGGAGGGCGGCGGUGAGCGAAAGGGUAACUACUGGACCCUGGAUCCGGCAUGCGAGGAUAUGUUCGAAAAGGGCAACUACCGGCGAAGGCGACGCAUGAAGAGGCCGUUUAGGCCUCCACCGACUCAUUUCCAGCCUGGCAAAUCUCUCUUCGGUGGUGACGGGUAUGGUUACCUCUCACCGCCCAAAUACCUGCAGUCUGGGUUUAUCAAUAACUCAUGGUCUCCUGCCCCUAUGCCAUAUACCUCCUGUCAGAUGAGCAGUGGGAACGUAAGUCCCGUUAACGUGAAAGGCUUGUCCGCGCCGUCCUCGUACAAUCCAUACUCGCGCGUGCAGAGCACAGGUCUCCCGGGCAUGGUGAACACUUACAACGGCAUAAGCCACCAUCAUCUCCACCAUCACACGCACCCUCAUGCGCUCCCACACGCGCAGCAGCUGAGUCCCGCCACGGCUGCACAUCCUCCGGGGUCCACCGGUAACGGGACAGGGCUGCAGUUUGCUUGCUCGCGCCAACCCGCAGAACUCUCCAUGAUGCACUGCUCAUACUGGGACCACGAAAGCAAACACUCCGCACUUCACGCGCGGAUUGAUAUAUAACUCGGGCGUCACGAGACCAAAGACAGAUCAACAUGCUAAAAUGCAAUAAAAACAAGGUCCAUCGAUUUCAAAUAAAUAAAUAAAUUAAUUUUAAAAUUCUGCUGAUUUAGGACUGAUAAGAAGGAAAAACCUUUACUGGAGCCUCAAAUUGUGAAAGGACGGGCAUUCACGUCGAGUAGUCUGCCUGAUGCAGGGGACUAAAGAUUACAUUUUCCUUCACAGGAGACUUAUGUUAUUAAUGUGUAUAAACUAUUCAGUCAGUUGAGAGGAUGGCCAGCAGAUUGAAGGUAUAAAGAUCAUGGAAUUACAAUUCAUGUUUACCUGAAUCCAUUCUGUCAAUGCCUCUGGAGGGAAGUAUUGGGUUCUGAACCCUUUUUUUAAUUUUUAUUUUUUUACUUGCUUUUGAAUGUUUAAGGAUACAAUGGAGCUCUGGGCAGGCAGAUAAACCGGAGUGUACACACCUGUGUUUUGGCCUCUUGUUUCAGAGCAGGGGUCAGAGCACGUGACUGCCAGUUUGAACUUUUGUACUUUGUAAAAAAAAAAAAAAAAAUAUAUAAAAAAGAAUAAUACUUUUAAUGUAUAUGACACAUCGGGGCCAUGUUUAACUAGCACUUUUCAAUAUAGUUUUUAUUCUUUAAUAAACACUUUGUGAACUGGUUUUGGAUUUUAU